UGGAAACUCUCCCUGUUGCCCUUCAAACCAUCUCCCCUACGACACGACACGACACAAAUCUUCAACCUCUGAUCUUCAACCCUCCGAUCUCCCCCUCUACUUUCAUCCUGCAUUCUUUCUCACGAAUCUCUCAUCUCCCACCUCAAUUCUCAUUGCGCUCUCCUAAUACUUGAAGUUCUCUUCUCCGCUUUCAAAUACAAGGUUCAGAAUUCACCAGCUCUGGCCCUGUCCACUUCACGACAGCCUUAAUCAACCGACGCCCUAUAGACAGAUAGCUCCCACCACCUCAAAAAUAAAUAUUACAAACAAAAUACCGCAUCUCUCCAGACUUGCAUCUUGUCCGCGAACUCUGACUGCCUGUUGGUGGUCCAACUUGAAGUAAGCCAUCAACAUCUUUUUCUUAUAUCUUUUGUUGUGCCUCCCCACAGCCAACUCUUUGCACUUGACUUUCACCUUCAAAUAUCCCACCCUUCAACCCUUCAACCCUUCAGUCUUAUUCUAAAACCUAACUUCGAGACGUAAGACUCCCUUCAACCAUGACUAACUUCCGCCCUGCAGUUCGAGGCGCUCUCAUAGCACGUUGGCUUGAUCAAAUACCCGUCCACGACAAUCCCGCGGUAAUAUGUGCCAUCGCGGCAUCCAUGCCCAGUACUGACAUGGCGGAUGAUCCAUUUGACUGGUCGAUUGACCGAGUCGUUCAGGAACUCUGCGGCAACAAGCCGUCAUGGGAAACAUCUAUACAUGCUUCAAGACUGGACCCAACUGAGCUUGAGAAGAAUCUUCGAGAACAGGAGAUCGAUGGCUGUGUGCUACUCGUCAAUGUUAAUGAUAAGGUCCUCACAAAAGAUUUCAAUAUCAAGGUUGUUGGUCGCAGAGCGUUUGUACACAAUGCCAUUAAAGAACUUAGGAAGCGCAGUCCCAAAUAUCAGGCAUUUGUUGGCAAAGAAACUGCUCCAAGCAUAGCAUCGUAUCAUCCGAGCAGCGGUAUACACUCUCCAAAUGGGAUGGCACACCAAUCCAAUGGUCAAAUCAAUACAUGGCCAAAUCUCGCUCUUCUAAGCCAACCUCCUAGCUACAUCACACCAUCCGAAACCCCUGACGACAACAAGCGGCGUAAGCUGGGCGAUGAAUCAAAUGCUGGAGAUGCUGAAGCGCAAUUUGAGGAGCCAGCCCCGGAACUAGAGCGCGAACCUGCUGCUACUGCAGACCCAAAGACUUCUGUGGCCCCUGGAGUUGUUGCUAUAGUCGAGAUCAAUGGCAAGAAAAGAAAGCGUUUGGAACCUAUCCUGCUUACAACACAGACCUCCAAUUCAAACGAUACUGUGGAGUGUGCUGAUGAUGUUGCUCAUACACCACACGCCAGUCCCCCCUUGGAUUCACAACAUGUUGCGGAAGCAGCCAAUGACAUUGCUCUUACCCCUGCACCCGUCAUUGAGGAUGUCCCAGUACAAGAUACACCUGCUCCGGGCCAGAUGUUUGUGGAUAGUACUGGUAGAAAGCGCCCAAUUCCCAUCAAUGAGUCUCGCCCAGAGAUGUCCAUCACCAACAAAGACAUCCAAGUGGAUCCUGCCCCUCAAAGUGAACAAUUGCUUCCAUCCACAUAUGUCCCUCUGAAAGGCAGAACAACUGAUAACCUUGCAAAAAGCUUUGCGGGCUAUCUAGGAAAGCAAAAGAUGCCUGUUGACGAUCUUUUCUAUGCCAGUACUCCUGUCGGAAAAGAGCUUCCAAGUGGUGACGAUAUUGGAGAAGAGUUUUUUAUGGUUCAAGGAGCUCUCCCUACUGGGCUUCGCCUCUACGUCAACAAUGCCAUGAAGAAUUUCCUCCGCUCUAAGCCUCGAUUUUUUACUCGCGACGGAAAAGAAUUUGCUGCAGUCAUGCCAUAUUCCACGAAUUUCAAAUCUGAAUUCGAGAAUCAACAUUUCACUUUAUUUCAGCCAGACUUGGAGGGAAAGUAUACAGCUAGUCGCGAAGAAUUAUCUUCCUCGUGGCCAGAAGUUAACCCAAAGAUGUCUUUGACAACUGAGAAUAUUCUUGGGGAGGAGAGAUCUGUUAGAUUCAACCUCCCCGGUCCUGACAUGUUGAGCGGCAUCGGAAAUCAGCCUAAAUUCGAUCCAUCAAUGCUGGAAAAAUAUAAUUAUUUGGAAGGUGGUGACGAAGUUUUGCCCCUGUAUGGGGAAUCUGAUUCCGACAACGAAGUUGACGAACAGACAUGGCGAGAAAUGGAGAACGAACGUGGCGAAAAGUUGGAGAGACCUCUCAGACAGUCGAGAAAACCAGCCCUUAGUACUGACGAGGUCAAUUCAGCCAUCAAUGAAGGCAUUUCCGCGCUUCAACUCGUGUGGAAGAGAGACCAAUUGCCCAAGUUAGAAGUCAAGGGUUACAGAAUGUGGCAGAAGUCUAAAAAUCAAAAAUCGAAGAAAAGAGAUGUAGCAGCCGCACAGUUCAAACUCGAUUUUUCUCUCCGCCAUAUUGAUAACAUGAGACAAGAGAUUACCAAGAAUACUUACACUAGCAUAAAACAAGUGCUGAAGCAGACAGGUAUCAUGGAGGUGGACGUGUAUAACUGCGAAGUAAUGAGAUGGACAAUCCAGCUCCUGGAGUCCAAAAUAUCACCCGAUAAGCCCAAACAGCUUGUAUCGCUCCGUGUGUCCAAAACGCCCGAAAAGCUACCGAUUAAGCUCGAUGACACGGAAGGCGAGGAUUUGGAUACUGAAUCGGAGGGACGCAGCUCAGAUGACGAUAUGGGAAGCUUUAUCGAAGAAGAUUCGGCGACAGAACAAGACGUCGAGCACCAGCUUGAUCUCGCCGACAGCGAAGCAACCGACGAUGAAUCUGUGGCAUCUGACAAAAAUCUUGCGCAGGUCUUGCCAGUCUCAUCAGUCUCACCGGCAACGAAGAUCAAUUGGAAGGUAGCCCGGAGAAGCCCAGAAGGUUCCGGCCGUCUUGCUGUCUCCCCUUCAGCAAGCUACGGUUCUGAAAGUGCUCAAAACCCUCGAACAAGACCUUCGACGCCUUCGAAAGACGAACCGUCAGCUCUUAUUAGAACUCCAUCGGCAAAGCCAUCUAACUUCAUUGAUUUGUCCAUAUUGACUUCAUCCGAUGAUGGCGGAAGAAGCAAAUAUAUCGAUCUUAUCACACCGCAAAAAGCCAAAAAACUCAACAGUCCCAUUAAAAUCUCUGAUGACGAUACAGAGCCAUCAACGCCACAUAACGAGCUGGCAGCAUACGUCGACAUCAACACUAUUCCGGAAGCACUGAAAGAUGCGUAUGCAAAAUUAACAAGUGAAGGAGAUGUCGGACGGCUUCUGGGACUGGUACUUCAACGCAUGCGGGAAGAUCGAAAAGAAAGAACUCGAAAUUUUCUUUCAGAGACGAAAGUGGACCAAAUUCAAACCGCAAUGGCGCACGAGAUGGAAGCAUCUUCAGGGCACUGCUCUGACAUAAAACUUGUCAUGUGGCUGUUUAAAAUUUACAUCGAUUGCAAGUACAUCCCGUUUUCGCCAACAUUGACAAACGCCUUCGUCGCAAGUAUUCGAGAUCAUGAAGAUAUCCAGUUGGCGCCCUUCUGCACUAUUUGCCAUGAACUCUUGGAUCCUUCAUCAAAGGCAAUACAGCUCGUUUCAGUCAAAGAAUCUACCGAAUCUUCGAAAAAAAGAAAAAAGGGACCUCGCCGCAAAAAAGAUAGAUCUGGCAGGUCAGAAGCAGCAAGUGAUGUUGAUGAGGAGGAUGGGGAACCACUUUCCGCCAUCAGACGCCGUAGGCCAGAAACUCUUGCCACGUAUGUCACUAAUUCUAUUCUUAUUUUAUGGCAUGCUAAUAUUCGCAGAACAAGCGAGGACGAAAAGACGGCCGACGAGUCGCCGAGCAAGAAGAAGAAAAAGCUGGUUGAGGACAAGGAUGCUCUUGAGAUGCGACAACAAGAUCGCCAAAGACUGGCGGAGCAAGCUGAACGCCGUGCCCAACUACAAGCUAAGCUGGCUAUGUCGGGACAUGCACGAGACGAAGCAAGUGGUAGAAUAAUUAUCAGUAAGUUAACGAUAAAUGCAUUCGUUUCCCUUCCAGCCAUCCCCCAAAUUCUUACUGGCCUAACGUUCACCCAACUUUGUGUGUGAUAUGAGGUUAACAGCACGUUUCUUAGAUGACGCGAAAUCCGACGAACAAGGAUUCAUUUAUGUCCACCCCAGUAUUGCACCUCUUAUUAAAAAGCAUCAAGUUGAAGGCGUAAGAUUCAUGUUUAACCAAGUCGUUGGAGAUGAAAAAACUACACAGGGGUGCCUUCUCGCCCACACGAUGGGCCUCGGAAAAACUAUGCAGGUGUAAGAACCUUCGAAUCUCGUGUUUACAUACCCCUGUUCAGAACUGAUUGAUAUGUAGCAUCACCCUACUAGUUGCGAUUGCUGAGGCUGCGAUGUCCGACGACCCUACCGUAGUCUCACAAAUCCCUCCAAGACUUCGGAAAUCACGAACGCUAGUACUCUGUCCUCCUACCCUGAUCGACAACUGGAUGGAUGAAUUUCUCCUUUGGGCUCCUGAGGGACUCCUUGGAGGCCUAGUCAAGAUUAGCAGCAAUACUAUACCGCAUGAACGUGCACUGGAAAUCAGAAAUUGGCAUUCAAACGGUGGGGUCUUGAUUAUGGGUUACGAAAUGUUCCGUGCCCACGUAUAUUCCAUGGAAAAAACACAAGUUGGUUCAUCGCUCGAACACACUCAAUUAUGCGAAUACCUUCUCGAGUUUCCCGAAAUCAUCAUUGCAGAUGAGGCCCACAAGCUUAAGAACGAAAAGUCCAAACUCAAUAUGGCCGCCGUACGAUUUAGGUCGAAUAGUCGCAUCGCUCUUACAGGAAGCCCUUUGGCGAACAAUAUUGAGGAAUAUCACGCAAUGAUCGAAUUUAUCAGCCCCAAUUACCUCGGUCCUGUGAAGGAGUUUCGUCAAAAGUAUGUCACACCUAUUCAAGACGGUCUCUGGAAAGACAGCACUCCACACGAACGUAGAAAGAGUUUGAAAAUGCUCGGUGUGUUGAAGGAGGACAUCGCCCCGAAAGUUCAUCGAAAAGAAAUGGGUGUUCUCCGGGAUAGUUUGCCUGCUAAGAAGGAAUUUGUAAUUACAUUUUCUCUAACAGAAUUGCAACGCAAGGCAUACUCUAUCUAUGUCGAAGCCAUGAAAUCAGGUUCAGGUCAUGCCCGUACAAAGGACGGGGAAAUCCGGGCGUCCACUGUCUUUGGCUGGGUAUCUGUUCUCCAACUUUUGUGCAACCAUCCUGCAUGCUUCAAAACGAAACUCAACGAAAGAAAAGAGGAUGCCAAAAAGGAGCUCGUUUCUACGAAGGGCUUAUCAGACUCCUCUGAAGGUGCCGAUGUUGAAGACGCAGAAGAUUGUAUGUGGAUCUCUAACAAGUUUCUCCUUUAUUCGAACCUGUGCCGAGGCUAACAAUAAACAAACAGCUAGUAUUUGGAAAAUCGGAGUCUCCCAACAACUUGUUGACGAUGAAAUGAGUUUAUUUCAGAGUGAUGAGACCGACCUCAAUGCAAUUGAGCUAUCAAACAAGACUCUGGUUCUAUGCGAAAUUCUUGAUGCUUCCAAAGCUGUCAAUGAUAAGGUCCUUGUAUUCUCACAAUCAAUAAUCACUCUCAACUUCCUAGAGCAGCUUUGCAAGGAUCAAGGCAGAGUCUACAAUCGGUUGGAUGGGAAAACCAAGAUGGCAAAUCGACAAGCUGAAGCAAAAAGUUUCAAUACUGAUGAAACCGAACUUUACCUCAUAUCUACCACUGCAGGUGGGUUAGGGUUAAACCUGCCAGGGGCAAAUCGCGUCGUGAUUUUUGACUUCAAAUAUAACCCCGUACAAGAGGAACAAGCGGUAGGCCGUGCGUAUCGAAUCGGGCAGGUAAAGAAAACUUUUGUGUAUCGGUUUAUUGCUGGUGGGACGUUUGAAGGUGCGGUCCACAACAAGGCCAUCUUCAAAACACAACUUGCCUCGCGUGUCAUUGACAGGAAGAAUCCGAUGGCAUACGCCACUAAGUUGUAUUCAUCAGAUCUGUUGUUCGAGCCGAAAGAGGUCCCACAAGUAAGUUCAUUCUUCAAAGAAACCCAGUUUAUUACUUGAGUUGUCACUGCGGAUCAGACUAAUACUAUUCAGGAGGAUCUCUCUGAGUUUAGGGGCAUGGAUACCAAGGUUCUUGAUAGAGUCUUGUCAUCCGUAAAGACAGCUGGUAUCGUACGUUCGAUUGUGCAAACGGACACUUUCGAGCGUGAUGACGAGGACAAGUUAACCGCGGAGGAAAUGAUGGAGGUAAAGGAAAUGCUCGGUGAUGAACAGUUAAAAAGAUUUAAUCCGGCGGCUUAUGCCGCAAAGCAACAGGCUCGACAGGCACACGCUCUUCAGCUAUCCGCUCAACAAUCUACAGCCCGGUACAACCAACCCCAAUUUAGUACUUCAAUCAGUAAGGCAACUGCCCUACCUGUGUCUCAAGCUCGACCUCGCCAAGCACUUCCCAAUAAACAAAUUGUUCGGCCAGUCACACAAACUCACCAAGUUUCUCAUGUAGCAGUUCCUCGGGCUCCACCUUACAAUCACCAAACGUCUUCCAUGCAUACUAGUCGACCGACUGCACAGAAUCCACAAGUUCCGCAAGCUCAAGCCCAGCAGCUUCAACAUAAAUCAUCUGCUAAUCAGCCCCAAGCAGCUCCGGUUGCUGGCACGGGUGGAUAUGGGGAAUCUGCUCCUCAGCCUGAUGAUUUUUCGAAUCUUGUAGUGGCUGAAAGCGCUCCGGCAGUUCCCCGAAGCAGUCCAAAAGCAGAGCGGCCAACCUUGGGCCCAAAAUAUUCUGCAAAGAAAGAGAGCCGCAUAGUACCACCACAAAAAGAGCAGCAUGACUCUCGUUACAAAUCUCCAACGCCGAUGCCUAUGGAUAUCGAGGGCGACACUACUAAUGUAACGCAGCGAGCUGAAAGUCCGUCGUCCGAUGAGUUGGCCUUGGCAACCUCGAAAAAGAAACCCAUUUCAAAUCAACCACCAAACAAAUCGCAUGGUCUCCCUCCUAUCAUGGGUCGAAAUACACACGUUCGUUCCAAGGACCCAGAGAUGAUGACAUUGCCUCGCACGUCGUCAACUCAAACGAUGAGUUCUAGCAGCAUGUCUCGUAGAGAUGGGAGAUCGCCAAAAUCAAGCCAAGACAUCCAAAAUGUAUGCAUUGAGCCACACUUUCCAAAGUUUCCAGUUAUUCCGUUUGAGAAAAGCCCACAGACGUCGAGUGAUGCGCAUACUGUAUCACGGGGCCAGUUAUCGACAAGUGUUCGAUCGCAAUCGGCGGAGCCCAAGAGCUCGCCUCGGAUUAUCUCCCAUACAAGAAGCCCAAGCGAUAUCGACGGUAGUAAAGCACUGCUCGCCCUUUCUGGGACUCUUUUUCAAGGUCACAACAAUAGACUUGGCGAUGCUGCACUACAAAAUUAUGAGACAAGGCCCCCCGUGUCUACUAGAGAUUCCAUCCCACAUCAAGAAAACACUUCUUACGAAACUCCCCAGUCUACUCCUUCUCAGUCAACCCCUCUGCAGCCCGCUUCUCCGGAUCCUCCUAGUUCCAGUGGGAGUGCUUCCAGAAAGUCGCCUAUUAGAGAUGGCUUGAAAUUAUUAUUAAGCAAGUUUUAUCAUCCUUAGCACUCACUAAUAUCACAUUUAGUCACCGAUGUACCGUGCAAUGAGUAAGAGACCAGUAUCGUCGUUGAAGACACCGGUUGCAAGAGCCGGCCAGAAACACCAUCGUUCCCAGUCAAGUACCCAAAACAACGUGCGUCAUUCCAGCAACCGAAAUCUGCCAGCUUGGGCAAAAGACCGCCUGGAAUCUGCAUCAAAAAAUGGGAACUCCAGUGCUCCAUCACCAUCACCGUCACAAUCACAGUCUCCUAGAAGAACUCCUUCCAAUAAAAGCCCACCUUGGGGGCCAAGACGCUAGAUGGGUUUUUUCGGUUGGUACUUGUUUGCAGAGGGAAUUCUACUUUCUUUCAUUUUCAUCUUUUUUCAUUUUUGUUGUGGAGGAUUGGGGGAAGAAAGAAGGGUUACAUCAUUCUUUUUUCGCUUGCGGCGUUUGGAGGCCAUUUUUUAUGAUACCCAUCUCUGGCUUUUGUCUUUCAGCCUUCUCCUUAACGUUUUUAUUGCUAUUCUUGAUACCACAUGGCCUUGUGGGAAGGUAAUUGAAAUGACAAUCACGCGCGUUUGAUGAUGAUAUGUGGUGGUGGGAUUUGCAGGACCCUUGACAGUGUUGUUUGGGGGGGAAGGGAGAGAGAGCUGCUGCAUCGCUUUUUGAGUGAGGGGGUGGUAUGUAAAUGGAUGGAGGUUGAAGCACGAGGCGAGGGUACAAAAGGGGUGGUAGAAAGCAUAUUCCUCGUUGCGGAUUCUCUCUUUGGUGAACUGUGUCUACUUUCUUUGGUUGUCC